AUGUUAAACGUCUCCGUGAACAAGUUUCGAGACGACAUAUCGAGCAAUCGCAUCGAGGCAGAGCUGAAUGAGCUCCUGCAAGCACACACCCGGCGGACCGAUGGUGCCGACACCGAUCCUAGGCUCCACCUCGAGCUCCUCCAGGCAUUCUGUGCACGGGUCGCCGGCUCCUACAGCUCCUGGGUCCCCAAUGACGCCGCGCUGGAUGGUGAGUAUUGGGCCCCCGAUGACGCCCGCCUGGCGGCAGCGCGGUCCACGCUCGCCGCGCUAGCAGUGCUGCUGCGCAGCCGCCACAACGCGGCUGUCCUGCGUCGGCUGGGGCUGGAGGUCCUGCUGGCCGACAUCCUGGCCGGCCUGACGCGCUGCGUCCGCGCCCUUGCCUGCGCCGACCUCGACGCGGCCCGCCAGCUGGGCCUGGGGGAGCGCUUCCGCGACCUGCUGCUCGCCGCCGCGGGGGUGGGCGGCGAGGAGGCGAGCCCAGCCAGUGGGUCUGCGCAGCCGUCCUGCGUCAGCGAAGAUGGGAGCAUGGCCAGGCCCGGGCGCCAGGCGCCAGGCGCCACACCCAGCGUGGUCCCCCUCACCGCCACCCUCGCGGAGGCCACAGUAGCCCUGUGGGAGUGGGCGGUCGGGGGGUCCAUCCCCGACUCCACCGGCCCACCCCCCCCCCUGGACCUGGCGCGGCUGCAGUUCGUCCUGGAGGCGGGCGUCGCGGCGGCCUCCGGCGGGCCAGCACUGGACGGCGCCGACCCGGUGCCCUCGCGCCGCGGUCCCUGCCUGGCCCUGCUGGCGCUGGCAGCACACAGCGUGGGCGCAGCGUGGGCGCUGCCCGGGGCCAGCCCUGCCCCCAGCCGGCACGCGCCGAGCGCCGUGACGCGCGUUGAGCUGCUGCGCGCGUGCGGCGUCUACGACGUCGCCUUCCUCGCGGCGGGUGAUGUUGGUGCACGGGGCGCCGAAGAUGCCAUAGUUCGGGCUUCAGAUGGUGAUGCAUCACCUGCCGCCGGCGACCCCGUCGUGCUGGUCACCGCGGUGGGGCUGCUGGAAAGCGCGGCCGGCGUGCCCGCUCUGCCCGACGCCCAGGCGGAGUUGGAGGUGGAGCUGCGGCUGGGCGGCGGCGAGGGCGGCGAUGCGACGUGGAAGGUCUCGCUGGCAGGCUCGCCGGGCGCCGCGCAGCAAGAGGCCGCCCUGCAUGCGCUGCAAGCGCUGUUUGCCGCGGCGCAGGCGGCGCAGCGCGCAGCGCUGCGCCGCUGGGCGCUGGUGCCGGCCCUCUUCGAGGCCCACGCCCGCGGUACGAGGGCGGUACGGUCUGCCUCGCUGGAUCUGUUGACCGGACUGCUGGCCGUGCCUGCUGCAGACGAAGACGACGGCCUGGCCAAGGCGGCGCUCGCCGCGAAGCUGAUGGAGGUGCUGACACACAAGGUGCAGGGCUGGAGAAAGCACGGCACCAAGCCCAUCACCGACCUCAUGUCCUGCAUGCGGAGGGCGCUGUCCACGCAAGCAGGCGAACUGCAGCCCCUGUUCAUCCAGGCCCAGGGCUGUGUCCAGCUGGUGCACGCGCUGAGUCAGCCCAUGCCCCUCAUGCAACUAGAGCCCGUCGCACUUGCCGUGCUGGCCACGCUCAGCGCCCUCCUCAAGGACAGCGCUCCAGCCCGCCACUCGUUUGGGGAGGAGGUCGGCUGGACGAUACUCCUUGCCGCCCUAGAGCGGGCACGCGGCGGUCUGCCCCCCUCCUGGGCCCUCCUCUCUGCCGUCUUGCACCUGGCGACGGAGACCUGCUUCGACCCAGAGGCCGCCGGCGCCCUGGAGGCCGGCACAGAGGUCGCUAAUCCAGGGGCACUCGGCGCCUACCUGGCUCUGCUGCGCACAGCUCGAUGCGACGUCGCGGCGCACCAUGGCCUGCCGCUCCUCUGCGCCGUGCUGGAGGCAAGCGUGGGCAACCGCGUGUCCGCCACAGUCGCGGGCACCACGCCGGCCCUGCUGCAGUGGCUGCCACGGGCGCACCCCCACCUGCUCACGGGCCUGCUGCGCGCGCUGCGCGCCUCCGCCGGCCACUCCCUCCCCGUCGCCGACCUGCGUGCCGCGCUGGGCCUGCUGCGCCCCGGGGGAGGCGGGGAGCUGGGCGCCCACCAUGACGGCCUGCUGUCUCUGCUGGGCGAGGACACCCUGGUCUGGAUUGAGGAGGCGCGGGGCCGGGCCCUGGCAGUGGCCCUGGACUCUGCAGCGGGCGCGGUGUGGGUGCACACCUGGUCCCCCGCGCAUGCCGCGCUGGCCUUCGACAUGGGUCGUGGGUUGAACAGUGGGGCCUGGCACCACCUGUGCCUCUCGCUGGCGCCGGGGGGCCCGCUGUCCCAUGCGACGGCCACGCUGUGGCUCGACGGCCGCCUGCAGGUGCAGAUUUGA